AUGGUCCUUGUUCCUGGCUGGGACUGCUUUUUCAGUCUCCCUAAACAAAAGAAAGGAUCAACGACUCCCUACCGAGAGUUAUCUAAAGACGACCAAAUAGGAGGUUAUCCUAACUUCGAGCAGCUUGAACUUCUCUCGUUCGACCCUAAAACUAUAGAUUCUGAGGGUCGCUGCGUCAUUCUCGAAUUUCCAGCCUUCGUUUUAUUGGGGGUCUACUGCCCUGCCAAUCGUGACGAAAAUCGCGAUGCUUUCCGCUCUGAUUUUUUGAACGCCCUAGACAUGCGAGUUAGGAAUUUAAUAGCCAUUGGAAAAAGAGUCAUAGUAAUGGGAGACUUGAAUGUUUCAAGUGACAUAUUGGAUUCGGCUCAUGCAAUCGAAGCUAUUCGCAAAUGCAAGCUAACAGAACUCGAAUUCCUCUCGUCGCCGCCUCGUCUAUUGUUUAAUCAACUUGUAAAAGGAGGUAAGCCAGGAACACAUGAGAUCGAACAAAAGCCCCAGGUCCUACUUGACUUAUGCAGAAACUUUCACCCAAAUCGACAAGGGAUGUAUACGUGUUGGGAGCAAAGGAUCAAUGCUCGUCCUGGAAAUUAUGGCGCAAGAAUCGACUAUGUGCUAUGUAGUAUGGAUAUGGAGGAUUGGUUUGUAUGGUCUGAUAUCCAGGAAGGUUUAAUGGGAUCAGAUCACUGUCCAGUAUACGCUUUAAUCAAAGACACAGUGAGAUAUCGUGAUGCCGACCGCAGUAUUUGGGAUAUCGUGAACCCUCCGGGUGUCUUUCACGCAGGACUUCGCAAGCAACCAGCUAUCCUGACCUCACUACCUCUCUCGGGGAGAUUGAUACCUGAAUUCCACCGUCGCAGAAGUUUAAAAGAGAUGUUCCAAGCAAAAUCAACUCCUGCAAGUGAGCUCAUGGGCAGAGCGCCAGAUCUACCACAUAAUCCGCGCAGUUUGCAACAACUAAAAAGUCCUGAUUCAGCCUGGAAUGACGGAGUGAAGGGGGCAUCUACGGCAGACUACCAAACUGCUAAGAGAACUCCUGCGAACAAAAUUUCACCUCGCCCUGUUAAGCGUUCAAGAAAACUUGUGGAUACAUCAUCCAAUUUAUCCAAGGGCCAGCAAACACUUGCGCACUUCAUGGAGCAAAUCCCACCAACCCAAAUAUCCAAGGCUGCCAAUUACGAUGUAACAUUAAAUGACCCGGGUUGUGUACCCCUGGCUAAUAAGAGCUCCUUCAAGGAAAGGAGGACGAUUUCAACAGAAAAUACGCCGGACCCUGCUGCUAAAGAAUCAUGGGCGAAGCUGUUUACAAGAAAGGCGCCUCCCAGGUGUGAAGGGCACAAUGAGCCUUGUAUUGUCUUGGUCACCAAAAAAGCAGGCCCUAAUUGUGGGAGAUCUUUCUGGAUAUGUCCAAGACCGCUCGGUCCUAGUGGCGACAAAGAGAUCGGAACACCGUGGCGCUGCCCUACAUUUAUUUGGUGUAGCGAUUGGAAAUCCCAAGAGUAA